AUGUCUAAAGAUUCUAUAUCAGAUACGUUUUCGUCUAUGAAUGUUGUUGGCCUCAAAAAAUAUUUGCAAGAACGUGGCGUAACAGUCCAUGGCUACCUGAAGCCCGCUUUGGUAGUUAUUGCUUCUGCUGUCGAGAAAAUGAUGCUACCAAAAGAUCCCAAUUUUGAAUGCGACGACGCAGAGAAAAAUUUAAAGAAACGAUUAAUAAUUCAUGAUGUUGCUGUAUCGGAUUCGUUCACUUUGCCUACGCAGAAUAAUUUUAUAGACUCGCCGCCAUUUGGACUUUACGACAUUUUUAAUCAUUUGAUCUACCAUUCGACUGAUUUAUACGACAAACAAGGACUUGCAUCUUACAAAUCAUACGACGAUUAUCGCUUGUUUGACGAUGGCUAUGUGGAAUCUUUGUCUACUACAUAUUUAAAGGAAUGCGGAUUGCACGUUUAUGUUGGCAAAGUAAACCCGACAAUGCGAAUGAAAACAGACGAGGGUAAGGAACAAUACGAUUUGUGGUUUAUAUUGGAAGGAAAGGGGCCGAACCGAGGAAGUGUUAUCAAGGCAUUUUGUAAGUGCAAAGGGGGAUGA